AUGAACUUCAUAAAUGUUGAGGUUAACGAGGAAGGACUUACCGUAACCUACUCUGACGGUAACCCCAAGAAUUAUCCCGAUGUUACAACAGUGCUCGACACCAGCGGCACCAAAUCACAUUACAGACUAGUUGGCGAAAAUGAGAGUAAAUUUGAACUAUAUAUAUCGAAACUUAGCGACUAUCUCGGUAAAGCUCUGGUAAAAAGUGGUAUAAUCGUACCAAAAGCUGUUUUAACUGGCCUUCCAAAGGGCUACAAACUAUUUGAGAAUAUCAAAGAGUAUCCAAAAAUGGCAAACAAACCUGCAAGGAAGGAUACGUAUCUUUUCGGUAAUGGUUCUAAAUAUCGGUCACCCGCAGAAUUUGAAGAUCAUCUUUUGUGGCUUGCUUCCGAUAAAGAGAUUCCUUGCUCAUGCAAAUAUUGUUAUAAAGAUGGUCAGAAGGUUAUUUCAUACCCCUCCGGGACUUUGAGGUCUCUAAAGUCACCUAAAUCAGAAGCUUUCACGUCUUCGACCAAAAAAUGGUCGUUUGCACAAAAAGGGAAAUCCAAGGCUUCCAUUAAUGUUAAAGAUGAUGGCUUUUUACCAAAAAUAGAUAAUAAAUCGCGACGUGAAGAUAUUGUGUGGGCAAGCAUUCAGCAUGUAUUAAGUUCUACUCAACGUGAUUCAAUACUCAAUGAGAAUGGGGGCGAGCAGAUAAAGUAUUGGCCGGCGAUUGUUCGCGAGCGCUCAAGAGUGAUGCAUGAUCUUAGUAACUCCACUAGCAUUGAUUCACAAGAUGCCACGGUAUUCUACACUUUGCAGCUACUAAUGUUGGCUGGAACAAAGAGAGUGCAGCAGAACGCUAUUAUUCCAUGGCUAGCUCAUAAUACCAAGGAUUUGGUUCAGUCGACCGAGAAUUCAUUACUAUCACACAUUGAAAGUAAUGCACAUCUGUUAAAGAGUUCGGCACGUGGUGAAUUCGUGGACAAAUGGUUUAAAGCCAUCGAACAGGCGAAUGAAAUAUCUUUGACAUAUACACCCAUAUUAGAAUAUAAAUACUGUUUGCCGAAUGGUUAUCUUAAAUAUAUCGAGCUUGCGAAUGAAAGACGAUUAUUGCAACAAAUGGAAUCCUAUCCUCAUUACAGAGCUAUAUUUUUAGGCACGGAACUCUUGAAAGAAGAUGAUUAUGUUCGUUUGAGUCGACCUUCGCGGGAUUCAUCCGAAAGACUACCGGUCUUUAAAAUCAAUACUAUUUUCAUGAAUUCUCAAAAUAAAAUACAAAUGAGUGGGGAUAUGUUCCCGAGGGGUCCGUCAAGAGGUGACUCGGAUUCAUUUAUGCUGAAAAAAUUGAACAAGGACAAGUUUGAGUAUACGAUCGAUUUGUCUGAGGUCUCUGGGCGUUAUUACCAACUGUAUCCAUCCAUCAACCAAAGUAUGUCUUGCACCAUCCCUGUAUCCUUUACCAACAGGAUGUCCAUCAUCAGCGAGACAACAAAAUUAAAUAACGCUGAUGCGAGUAACCAAACACCGAGAAAACAAAUGGCCAAAAGAUCGAAACCACUACCACCUUUGCCUGGAAAAAAGGUCAAGGUCGAUGAUACGCCGGUGACAAAUAAUGAAUUGGUUUUGCAAAACAAUGCAUUGACUCCCAUUAAUGUUAUAAAAAAUGUAUCCCAAGAUACAAGUAGCUCUGACAUGGUCAGGCUCUCUACCGACAUAAAAGCCACGCCCGACCUCAUAAUAGUUUCGCCCACUCUUCCUUUUUUGGAUGAGAAAGAUGGAGAAAUGUCUGAAAUCGAAUGCACCCCGGUGCAAGGCGGUAGUGUCGUGUAG